UAACAUACACCGACGUCGAAUUUCUCACUGUCGGAACAAGUGUAGCACAAUUAUCACAAGAAUAUGAUUGUGACACGUGGCUUAAUCUCAUACAUACUCUACUUAUACACCAAUCAUUCCCAUCUCUUUCCCACUCAUUUCUUCAACAAAGUUUCCAACUUUUUUCAUAUCUUCAAUUGGGUUUGGUCCAUGGGAAGGGUGAGCUUGCCGCCACCUGUUUGUGAUACAAAUCUCUCGCAGAGAGUGUCUUUUGAGAGCAAUAACCUCCGUGAAGCCUCUUUUUCUUCUUACUUGAACCAUGCAGAGCAAGAAUUUGUGCGUAAACUUGCUGAAUCAACUCGCAAUCGGUCUAAUAAUUCCACCAUUACCACAACAGCUCAAGAACAAGAUGAAGAUCAUAUAGAAGUUUUUGGAGCAGAGAAGUAUUUCAAUGGCGGAAUUAACAGCCCAGAGCUCAUCAAAUUCUGCUCUGAAAAUAAAAAACAGAGCAAGAAGCCUAAAAGUUGCAGCUCAACUCGUUCUGAAGGGAGUUGGAAUAGCCAAAAUGGUUUGUUACAGAAAGUAAAUAGAAAAUCUUCGAAGGAAAUUAAGAAGAAAUCGUCACAAUUGGCUAAGAUUUUGCUGUAUAAAUGCUAUUGCUGCAACAACAAGUCUGUGGAAGUAAAGAACAAUGACAAAUCGCCGCCGACCAAAUCAGGGAUAAAUUUCACGUUUCAGAGCUCAAUACCGGAGGCCACGAAGAACACGGCGCUGAAAAUACAAAUUCAAGGCCGGAAAUCGAUUGAGGUCUUUGGAUCCCCAAAUGUCGAUGCUUUGAACAUGAAUCAUUUGGAGAAGAGGCUGUCGGUAAUGGCGUGGAACGACGUCGUUCCGAGAGUGAAAGCUUCUGAUUCCGAUCAAAUCUACGACGAGGACACCGGAAGUGAUGCAAGUUCGGAUCUUUUUGAGAUUGAGAGCUUAACGGGGAACCCCAAUUCGAUUCUCACAAGACAGGGCUCUAAUUGCUCUGAUUGUAUAACACCCACCGCGCCAAGCGAGGCGAGCAUUGAUUGGAGUGUAACCACGGCCAGCGCCGCUGAUUUCUCCGUCGUGUCGGACUACGAUGAACGGCGGCUCUCCACCACCGCUGCAGCCUACAUGACUAAAUCCAGCUACGAGAGCGACGUGGAGAAUAUUCAUUGGCGGCGUUCGAAUCUUCUGAUGGGUUGUAAGAAUCAGAAAGCGGUGAGAGUGGCCGGAGAUAAGUACGAUUCUCCGGCGGAAGUUCGCCGGAGAACGGCGUCGUUUGGAAGGCUGAUGAGGUUCGAAGCUGAUACCAAAAUUAUGGGGUUUAGCUCGAAUCAGAGAUUUGCUUGUACGCUUCGCUCAUGAGAUAAUUGGGAUUAGAGUUUAAAACAUUCCCUAAUUAAAUGUUGUUUACCUAUUUUAAUUAUUCAUAAUAAAGUGAUAAUUUUUAAGGGAA